AUGCAGGAUGUAAAGGCUAACGCGGAAUCACUUCACCCUGGAACCCUCGGCGAACGUUUAUGCAUCGUUGAGCAUAUGAAGAUUCAUAAGAAUAUUCUCGGUGAAAUCGAUGCAAUUCUGCAAGACCUUCACGAUGUUAUCCACAAACUUACGGCCGAUCAUACGCUCAUCGACAGUUUCAUCGAGAUGUGUAUCAGUGAAUGGGAGCAUGAUUUGAAAUUGAGCUAUGCAUUCAAAAAGGAGAUCAACGAACGUGGACUUGAUGCUUGGUGGUGCCAGUGGAGAAUGGAGGCCGCGGCGUUCACUGCCAGACAAAAUCAUGAAAUGUUCAUGUUGGCUGAACGCGAGGAAAGAAACCGCCGGGGACCUUUCUCGGCAUUAUCGCGUUCUUCGCGGCCAUCGAUCAGCGAGGAUGAGUUGCGCCGUGCACUUGACUUGAUAUUGGCCGAGGAUGAUCAAGUGAACAAGAUUAUUGCGGGGCGUUACAACAUAUCUGAAUAG